GCACUAUAAAGUUCAGCUGAUCUUUUUCUCUCUGGAUCUCGCUGUCUCGAUUCCGUCGUUUCCCCGGGAGGUUAUACCGAAAUUCGGGCCGGGACCAGCAAAUAUGGGUUUCGGCGAAUACCCAGCGGAGUACAACGCCAAGGUGCAUGGGCCCUAUGACCCUGCCCGGUGGUAUGGCAAGGCCGACACUCCGCUGGCUCAGACCAAGCUUGGUGAGCUGGGAGCGUGGCUGGGACGCCGCCAGAAGUCACCCCAGGCCGUGACGGCCGCCGUCAGCCGAGGCUACUGGCGCUGGCUGCACAAGUACGUGCACCCGAAACGGUCUGGCCUGACGCCGUUCCUGCAGGUGAUUGCCGCCUCCUCGGCCUUCUUCUACGUGCUCAACUACACCAAGAUCAAGGCGCACCGCAUCCACAAGUACCACUGGUAGACUCAACGGGCCGACACCGGUGUCAGUGUACGUUUCAGACCGGUGUCAGUGUCAGUGUCCGCCGGUGUCAGUGAUAGCGGGGACGGUGUCGAUAGGAAUACGUGAGAAUAUACAACUACACACUGCG